GAAUCAUUGUCGGCCCAGUACUACGAACACUUAUUAUGCCCAUUAGCCCAUUAAUUUCAGGAUAAAGAUAAGAGCUCUCGUUUGUUUAUAUGGACAACAAAAGAAAUCAAGAACAAAGCAAAAACUUCAUCAACUCAAGAAUCAAUAGGAAGCAGAAGAUGAAGAGAAUUCCUCGUAUCAAAUUUCCUCAGAGACAUUCCUCUUCUGCUACUUCAUCAGGUUCUGGACCAGCGCAGGGAUCCGUUGCCGGCGGCAAGAGAAACGUGACGGCGAGUUCAGAUGUCCCGGCGGCGCCGAAAAACAUUGCUGAUGGAGGGAAAGCAUCACUCCAGCCUAAACGCACUCCUGUCUCCGACAAGGAAAUCGAAUCCAUAAUGUUGGGAGGUUGCAUCUGAUGUUUGAAGAUUUGAUCAUCACUUUGGGCUUCUUGUCUUUUUCGGCUGGUGAACUUUAUUAUAUGCUUUUUUAAUGUAAAGGAAGAACUAAUAAUGCAGAGGAGAUGAUGCGUUGUAUGAAUGAUGAUGUUGUAUGAAUGAUUCUGUUUCUCUUUGUCAAUUAAAAAACAAAGUCUAUAUAGUUUCUAAC